AUGAGAGACUCGGUCGUCUCCGUCAUCUUUGCCUUGGCACUUUUCUUGGAGUGCUACACACCAUCCAUGGCGAUCCCCAUGGGUAAGAUGGAGGACACAGCCUUGGAGCAAGAUACUCUAGACUCCCUACUGAACGAAGAGGUGGCCGAAAAAACCCCUGAUUCAGUCAGAAGUGGGAGCUCCAAGAUCAUCGUGUUGGCAGACUCAGGCCUGUGGAAGAACCUGAACAGAGGACUUCCUCUCUACAACCUGAAAGCUGCAGCUGCAGGGCUUGACAGAGCCCUGACCCUGGACCGCAGAGAGGCCGACCAGGACCUGAGCCCCAGCAUCUCCAUUGUCAGGAGGGACACCAUGAGGUGUAUGGUGGGAAGGGUGUACCGGCCUUGCUGGGAAGUGUAG